AUGUCUUCAUCAACCACCCCCACCUCAGCCCCACCAAAAACCCCAAAGCCAAAAAUAUACCUCGCCGGCCCCGACGUCUUCUACCCCAACGCCGUUGCCCGCGGCCUUGAACUCAAGGCCCUCUGCACGCUGCAUGGGGCCAUCGGCCUGUUUCCCCUCGACAACGAGAUCUCGUCCGUUGAGCUGGGGAGCCAUGCCAUGGCGGACGCGAUCCGGACUGCGAAUAUGAAGCUUAUUGCGUCUGCUGAUGGGAUACUGGCGAAUAUCACGCCCGAGCUGGAACAUACAAAACAAAACACUAAUUCCCCAAGCCAGAUGACGCCCUUCCGCGGCCCAUCCAUGGACGUCGGCACCGCCUACGAAAUGGGUGCCGGCGCAGCAUUAGGCAAGCAUAUAUUAGGCUAUCUAAGGGGUGAAAAGCUCGGUUACACCAAGAAAGUACAAGCCGUGCAUAAGGUAGAGAGACAUACCGAUGGGCAUUUGCGAGACGAGCAAGGGUGGUCUGUAGAGGAGUUCUUGGAGGUGGAUGGGCAGGAUGGACUGGUGGAUAAUUUGAUGAUUGCGUGCGGGGUGGAGAAGCUGUGUAUGUCAGAGGAAGAGGGGAUUAAGGCUUUGGUUGAUAUUUGGAGGAGGAAGCAGGAGAGGGGGCAGUGA